AGUGCCUGGAGCAUUAUCAGUAUUACAUUUAUUUUCCAAGUAUAAUAAAGAAUUCAGUUUUGUGGUACAAAUCCUAAUGGGAAUAGAGUUAGAGUGAGAUAGUAGCCCCAAACCACACAAGGGAAUGCCCAAAAAGGUGCUAGACUCAAACAAAAUGGGAAUUACCAUCCUAAGAGUAGAGUAAAAACUUGAGCUUUUUUGUAAUGCUAAUGUUGCAUAAGUGCAUAAUUAUUGUCUCCUUUUUGUUACACUUUAGCUAUAUGGAGCUUCAAAAUGACACACAUGUUUCAAAGUUUAUUCUCCUGGGACUUUCACAGGAUCCUCUAUGGCAACCCUUUCUUUUUGGGCUGUUUUUGUUCAUGUACCUGGUCACUCUGCUUGGAAACCUGCUCAUUAUUGUGGCCACAAUUACAGAUUCGCAUCUGCACACACCCAUGUACUUCUUCCUCUCCAACCUCUCCUUUGCUGACAUCUGUUUCACCUCUACUAGCAUCCCAAAGAUGCUGGUAAAUAUACAGAAGCAGAGCAAGAUGAUAACAUACGAAGGCUGUAUCACCCAGAUAUAUUUUUUCAUAUCGUUUGGAAUCCUGGACAACUUUCUUCUAGCUGUGAUGGCCUAUGACAGAUACGUGGCCAUCUGUCACCCCCUGCACUACACAGUUAUCAUGAACCACCGCCUCUGUGGAUUGCUGGUCCUGGGGUCCUGGGUCACAACUGCUUUGAAUUCCUUGUUACAAUGCUCAAUGGCACUACGGCUGGCCUUCUGUACAGACUUGGAAAUCCCCCACUUUGUUUGUGAGUAUAAUCAACUGGUACUUCUUGCCUGUAAUGACACCUUUCCUAAUGUCAUAGAGAUGUAUUUUGCAGCUGUGCUUCUGGCUGGUGGUCCCCUUGCUGGCAUCCUUUACUCUUAUUCUAAGAUAGUCUCCUCCAUACGUGCAAUGUCAUCAUCACAGGGGAAGUACAAAGCAUUUUCCACCUGUGCAUCUCACCUCUCAGUCGUUUCAUUAUUUUAUUGUACACUCCUGGGCGUGUACCUUAGUUCUGCUGUUACCCAAAACUCACAGUCAACUGCACGAGCCUCUGUGAUGUACAGUGUGGUCACUCCUAUGUUGAAUCCCUUCAUCUACAGUCUGAGGAACAAGGACCUAAUGGGAGCUCUAAGAAAACUCUUCAGAAAGAAGCCAUGAAAGAGACAUUUAUUAAGACGUUCCUGUGUGCCCGUGGAUGAGCUCACACCGAGGGACAUCU